AUGACGGGAACGGCCGACAAUGAUUCUCACGCGAGUGAUAAUAAUGACGAGAACAUAAGUGUUGUGAGUGCUGGUGGUUUAAAUAGUUUACGUGUUCCGCAAUUUUUGCCUAAUAAAAUUGGUUUAUGGUUCCGACUUUUAGAGGCGCAAUUCACUACUUCGCGAAUAAGUAAAGAUGAAACGAAAUUUAAUAUUACAAUCGCAAAUAUCGGCGAAAAAUAUAUUGAACAGGUGGAAGACGUUAUAAUGUCACCGCCUGAUGAAAAUAAGUACGAAUAUUUAAAAUUACAACUGACAAAAAGACUAACAGACUCUGAUUCUUCGCGAGUGCGACAGCUUUUAGAAAGUGAAGAAAUUGGUGAUCGUAAACCAUCACAAUUUUUCCGCGACUUGAAAAAACUAGCCACUUCGUCGGUUCCUGAAGAGUUCAUUUUAACAUUAUGGAAAAAUCGUUUACCUUCCGACACACAAAGAGUUUUGGCCGCGUCAAAUAUCGCAGACAUCAAUGCAUUGGUUGACACCGCGGACCGCGUUCACGAAAUUCCGCGGAAUGCAGGACGGAUCGCGGAAAUUAACAAAGACAACGAUCUUGUGAAUUGGAAAGAGGAGAUAAAAAAAUUACGUGAAGAAAUAUCAGCCUUAUCUGUUGGUCGUGCACGAAAAAGCAACAAAGUGUCGAGAUCCAUGUGCAUGGAAAUCGGGAAACGAAUAGAACCGUCAAUAAACGCGGCAUCCGGAGGCGGUUUUUUGUCACGCCGCAUCUUUAUUUCUGAUCGCAAUAGUUCAGAUCUAUUUUUAAUAGACACAGGGGCCGAUUUAUGUGUUUAUCCACGACAAAAAGUUAAAGGAUCGGUAAAAAAAUGUGAAUAUGAACUUUUCGCGGCUAACGGUACACCUAUCGCAACAUACGGUACGGUCGCUCUGGAUCUGGAUUUGUCAUUGCGAAGAAGUUUUAAGUGGAGUUUUGUGGUAGCAGAUGUCAGUAAACCUAUUAUUGGAAUGAACUUUUUAUCUUAUUACGGUUUACUGAUUGAUCCACAAAACCAAAAAUUGAUUGACUCAAUAACCGGUUUAUCUACCGCGGGAUGUUCGGCGCGCAAAGAAGUGUUUUCUGUAAAAACAAUAGUGGGGAAUAGUGUCUUUCAUCAGCUGUUGAGUAAAUACCCAGACCUCACUCGCCCACCCGUGUUUAACAGAAAAUUUCUGAAACAUAAUGUUGUGCACCACAUAAAAACAACACCAGGACCUCCCGUGCAUUGCAGGCCUCGACGUCUUGCUCCUGACAAUUAUAAGGUGGCAAAAAAGGAGUUUGAUUUAUUGGUCCAGCAAGAAGUACUACGAGCAUCAAAAGCUUCAUGGUGCUCACCUUUACACAUGGUGCCAAAAAAGGACGGAGGGAUACGACCAUGUGGAGAUUAUCGUGCUGUUAACGCUCGCACGAUCCCCGACAGGUAUACCCCUCCUCACAUAGAGGACUUUGCGCAGCAAUUGCAUGGUAAGAAAAUUUUUUCAAAAUUGGAUUUGGUGAGAGCGUAUCACCAAAUUCCGGUCGCGCCGGAAGACGUAGAAAAAACGGCGAUAAUAACUCCUUUCGGGUUGUAUGAGGCCGUAAAUAUGAUGUUCGGUUUAAGAAAUGCUGCACAAACUUGUCAAAGAUUUGUCGACGAAAUCACACGCGGAUUAGAUUUUGUUUAUGCAUUUAUUGAUGAUUUUUUAAUUGCUUCAGAAUCCGAAGAACAGCAUUUAGAGCAUUUAAAUAUUUUGUUUAAACGUUUAAAUGAUUAUGGCGUAGUAAUUAAUCCGACAAAGUGUGUUUUUGGCGUGUCGGAAAUUACAUUUCUCGGGUACACUGUAAAUUCUCGCGGCAUUGAACCUUUAAAAGAGAGAGUUGAAGUAAUAAUGAAUUUUCCGAAACCAGCGACAAUAAAAAAACUAAGAUGUUAUUUAGGAAUGUUUAAUUUUUAUCGACGAUUCAUUCCUCAAGCUGCGAAAAUAUUACAAUCUCUCAAUAAUUUGUUAAAAGGUCAAAAGGCAGGUAAAAAUCCGGUACCAUGGAACAGUGAAGCAGAGAUUGCUUUUAAUGCUUCGAAAAAUGCUCUCGCGAAUGCCGCUUUACUCGCGCACCCGGUACCCGGGGCUACAUUAAGUAUUGUCGUCGACGCAUCCGAUUAUGCAAUGGGAGCGGUGUUACAACAAUUAGUAGAUGACGCAUGGCAACCACUUGCUUUUUAUACGAAAACCUUAUCUUCUGCCCAACAAAAAUAUAGCGCGUACGAUCGCGAAUUGCUCGGAUCUCAACAUUUACGCACUACGUCCUACCACCCGCAAUCAAAUGGUAUGGUGGAGAGAUUACACAGACAAUUGAAAACAGCUAUACGAUGUCACGAAACAGAUAAUUGGGUAUCUAUGUUACCCAUUGUAUUAUUAGGUAUACGCACUGCUAUUAAAGACGAUUUAAAAGCAACUACGGCAGAAAUGAUUUACGGUACGAACAUCCGACUCCCUGCUGAGUUUUUCUUGUCGUCAAAACGAGAAGCAAAUUCUGAAUUUGGUGAACAAUUAAGAAAGCAUAUCAAUAACAUUCGACCGAAUCCCGUUCCACGACAUGGGAAACAAAAGAUUUUUGUUUUUAAAGAAUUAUCAAAUUCUUCUUAUGUUUUCUUGCGACACGAUGCAGUAAAAGCUAUUUUGCAUCCACCUUAUGACGGACCGUAUAAAGUUGUGAAACGUGGAGAUAAAACAUUUGUAAUUUGUAUAAAUGAUAAAAAUGUUACAGUGUCCAUUGAUCGGUUAAAACCCGCUUUUAUGGUAAUAGACGAUGAUCAAAAUAUUACAA